UCUCUCUUUCUCUUGGGUGCUUGCUAUCGCCAUGUGGGGCGCGCUGAGGUCAGUUCUGCGGCCCUGCAGUCGGGCCUCCGUACCCCGGCAGCGCGCCUAUCACGGGGACGCGGUGGCCCGACUGGGCACCCAGCCUGACUCGGGCUCUUCCACCUACCAGGAGAACUAUGAGCAGAUGAAAGCUUUAGUGAAUCAACUUCAUGAACGAGCCCAGUAUAUAAGACUGGGAGGGAGGGAGAAAGCCCGGGCGCGGCACACAUCAAGAGGAAAACUGUUACCCAGAGACAGAAUCGACAACCUCAUAGACCCAGGGUCGCCCUUUCUGGAAUUCUCCCAGUUCGCAGGUUACAAGUUAUAUGGCGAGGAGGAGGUCCCUGCAGGUGGCAUCAUCACAGGCAUUGGGCGAGUGUCUGGAGUAGAAUGCAUGAUUGUGGCUAACGAUGCCACCGUCAAAGGAGGCACCUACUACCCAGUGACGGUGAAAAAGCACGUUCGGGCACAAGAGAUCGCACUGCAGAACAGGCUCCCAUGCAUCUAUCUGGUUGACUCAGGAGGGGCCAACUUACCUCGGCAAGCAGACACCUUUCCAGACCGGGACCACUUUGGCCGCAUAUUCUAUAAUCAAGCUAUUAUGUCUUCUAAAAAUAUCACGCAGAUAGCUGUGGUCAUGGGCUCCUGUACGGCAGGAGGUGCAUAUGUGCCAGCCAUGGCUGAUGAAAACAUCAUUGUACAAAGGCAGGGCACCAUCUUCUUGGCUGGACCACCCUUGGUGAAGGCAGCUACCGGCGAAGAGGUGUCCGCUGAGGAUCUCGGAGGUGCUGACCUGCACUGCAGAAGGUCUGGGGUCACUGACCACUAUGCUUUGGAUGACCACCACGCCCUUCACUUGACAAGGAAGGUUGUGAGGAGUCUCAAUUAUCAGAAGAAACUGGAUGUUACCGUUGAACCUUCCGAAGAGCCCUUGUUCCCCGCAGAUGAAUUGUAUGGGAUAGUCGGUGCGAACCUUAAGAGGAGCUUUGAUGUCCGAGAGGUCAUUGCUAGAAUCGUCGAUGGAAGCAGAUUCAAUGAGUUCAAGGCCUUGUAUGGAGACACGCUCGUCACAGGAUUCGCUCGAAUAUUUGGGUACCCAGUUGGCAUCAUUGGAAACAAUGGAGUUUUGUUUUCUGAAUCUGCCAAAAAGGGCGCUCACUUCGUCCAGCUGUGCUGCCAAAGAAAUAUCCCCCUGCUGUUUCUCCAGAACAUCACCGGAUUCAUGGUUGGUAAAGACUAUGAAGCCGAAGGGAUCGCCAAGGACGGCGCCAAGAUGGUAGCCGCAGUAUCCUGUGCCAAAGUGCCUAAGAUAACUGUCAUAAUCGGGGGAUCAUAUGGGGCUGGAAACUACGGAAUGUGUGGCAGAGCAUAUAGUCCAAGAUUUCUACAUGUGGCCAAAUGCUCGAUCUCAGUGAUGGGAGGAGAGCAGGCAGCCACCGUGUUAGCCACAGUGGCGAGAGACCAGAGAGCCCGUGAGGGGAAGCAGUUCUCCAGUGCAGAGGAGGCAGCUUUGAAAGAGCCCAUCAUCAAGAGGUUCGAAGAGGAAGGGAACCCUUACUAUUCCAGUGCAAGGCUGUGGGAUGAUGGGAUUAUCGACCCCGUGGACACCAGGCUGGUUCUGGGGCUCAGCAUCAGUGCAGCCCUCAAUGCGCCCAUCCAGAGGACAGACUUUGGCAUCUUCAGGAUGUAACCCAGAUUCGGAACACGUUGCCACAGCUGUAAUAAAAAUUAACACGUGUGACUAGCCUUAAAACUUGAGAUCCACUGGGCAUUUGCUGGCACAGGAAUUCUUUUCUUAACAGUAUGAUGUAUGGGUUUGUUUUUUUUUUAAUUGUAAAAAUCAGUGAGUAUUCUGCUUGAUGAGCUUUGAUUUGUCGAAAAUUUUUCUUACAGACACUUCUCAUGGCUCAUUUUUUACCACCCAUAAAAUGAAGUGACCGACUUUGCAAUUAUCCUUUUGAGAACCACAAACAGUUUGAAAAAUAAAUCUCUCUAAUCUAUACAUUC